AAAAUCCAAAUAUCAAAGAUUUCGUCAAAUAAAGAUUAUUUAAAUAAAUACAAAAUCCAAGAUAUUCUCAAUUAUUAAGAAACCAUUCUUCCUUGUUUUUUCCGAUUCGUGAAACCAGAAUUGAUUGGAUAGAAUCUUUUAUAGCACAUUCGUUUUAUUAAUCAUGGCUAUGGUUCUAGAUGCUGUUGUUGGGAAAUUAGUUGAAGAACUAAUGAGUUCAGUUGUUGACAUGAAGAACAAAGCUUUGAAGUUCAAACCAACUCUAGAUAGAUUAGAAGCUACACUUCAAUCAUUAGGACCAUUGAUCAAUCAAAUAGAUGAACUCAAGAAGAAAUUGGAUCAUUCACCCAAUGAAACAAAAACACUGAUCAAACAAAUGAAAGAUGGAAAAGAACUUGUUCUAAAAUGUUCUAAUGAAGACAAAAUCCAGUGGUGGAAUUGUUGUUACAAAAAAGCACAGUAUCAAGAACAACUUGAAGCAUUGGAUGAAGAGAUUAAAAGAUUCUUUGGUCUUGAUAUGAUAGCUCAAGGUGCAGUGACUGGAUUGGAAACACUUUUGGAGAUUAAAGAGUUUCGUGCUGAAUUUAGUAAGGCUAAUGUUGGGAGAAGUGAAAGAGUUGAAUUAAGAGGUGUUUGUUUGCCACCUCAACCACCUGGUUUUAUUGUUGGGUUGGAUGGUCCUUUGAAUGAGUUGAAGAUGAGAUUGUUGAAGGAUGAGGUUAGUGUUUCUGUUGUUACUGUUACUGGUUCUGGUGGUUCGGGGAAAUCUACGUUGGCCAAAAGGUUUUGUUGGGAUGAAGAAGUUAAAGGUAAAUUCAAUGAAAAUAUUUUCUUCAUUACCUUUGCAAAAACACCAAAGCUGAAUACUAUAGUGCAGAAGCUGUAUCAACACACUGGUUACUAUGUUCCGGAUUUUCAAAACGAAGAAGACACGUUUAACCAAUUGGAACAUUUGAUGAAACAAGUUGUGAAGAAAGGACCAAUAUUGUUAGUCCUAGACGAUGUUUGGCUAGGGUCAGAAUCACUUGUUGAUAAUUUUGUGUUUGAGAUUCCAAACUACAAGAUUUUGGUGACAUCAAGAUUUGCAAUUGGAAGAUUCGGUCAUCCAUUCGUCUUGAAACCUCUUUCUGAAGCACAUGCUAUAAAUCUGUUUAAACAUUCAGCAUCCUUAACUAAGAGCACCUCAGAUGUUCCUGAUGAUGUUGUGAAAGAGAUAGUAAGAGGGUGUAGCGGUUCUCCCUUGGCACUUCGAGUGAGUGGCAGAUCGUUAAUUAACGAACAACUGAUAGUUUGGCUUAACAGAGCUAGGGAAUUAUCAGCUGGUAGGUCAAUUCUUGAUUCUAACAAGGACGUGCUUUCUUGUCUCCAAAAGAGCUUAGAUGUUUUGGAUCCUAUGUCCAUGGAGUGUUUUAGGGACCUUGGCUUAUUUCCUGAAGAUCAAAGGAUUCCUGCUGCUGCCCUUAUUGAUAUGUGGGCUGAACUAAGGAAUGAUGAUGAUGCAAGUGCAAUGGAGAGGAUUUAUAAACUAGUCAACCUCAACUUGGCAGAUAUUAUUGUUACAAGGAAAGUUGCAAGUGGCACAAUUGACUACAACUACCAUUAUGUUACACAACAUGGUCUUCUUCGGGAUCUAGCCAUUCGAGACAAUAGCCAAGAGGCAGAGGAUAAGAGGAAUAGACUCAUAAUUGACACAAGUGCAAAUAAUCUUCCUUCGUGGUGGACUUCUGAGAAUGAGUAUCACAUUAAAGCUCGCAUAUUAUCCAUAUCAACUGAUGAAAUAUUCACUUCAAAAUGGUGUAACUUACAACCAACAGAAGUUGAGGUUUUAGUGUUAAACCUUAGAGAAAAGAAGUUUGCACUACCAAUGUUCAUGAAAAAAAUGAAAAAGCUAAAAGCUUUGAUAAUCACAAAUUACGACUUCUUUCCAGCUGAAUUAGAGAAUUUUGAGGUGCUCGAUCAUCUAUCGAAUCUCAAAAGAAUCAGAUUAGAGAAAGUUUCAGUUCCUUUCCUUGGAAAAACUGUAUUACAAUUGAAGAAUCUUCAGAAGUGCUCUUUUUUUAUGUGCAAUGUGAAUAAAGCAUUUGAAAAUUGCACAAUAGAAGAUUCAGAAAUGCUACCAAAUUUGAUGGAAAUGAAUUUUGACUAUUGUGAUAUGGUGGAAUUACCAAAUGUGAUUUCCAACAUUGUAUCUCUAAAGAAGCUUAGUAUUACAAAUUGUCAUAAGCUUUGUGCACUUCAUGAAGGAAUUGGAAAAUUGGUCAAUUUGGAAUCACUUAGGUUAAGUUCAUGCAGUGGUUUAUUAGAGUUACCAAACUCAAUCAGAAAUCUUCAUGUGCUCAAGUUUCUUAACAUUUCUGGAUGCAUAAGCCUUAGUCAAUUACCUGAGAACAUUGGUGAGUUGGAGAAAUUAGAAAAGCUUAAUAUGAGAGGUUGUUCAAAUAUAAGUGAAUUACCAUCCUCAGUUAUGGAACUUGAAGGAUUAAAGCAUGUGGUAUGUGGUGAUGAAGAGACUGCUGAAAAAUGGGAACCUUACAAAAAUAUCCUUGGUGAUUUAAAGGUAGAGGUUGUUCAAGAAGAUUUCAAUUUAAAUUUUCUUUACAAUUAACAGUGAGGAUAUUUGGGACUUGACUGCAUGUGGUAAUUGUGGAUUUCUUUACAUUUUUGGAGUCAUUGAUUAAGUGAUUUUUACUUUAUACUUGUGUACUUUAUUAUACUUAAGAAAUGUGAUGCCUAACAAAAUUCCAAUAAUAGUCCCAUUUAAUUUUCA